GGGAAAGGCAAGGGGGAAAUGGACGGCAUUUCAUUUUCCUCAGUAAAUGUACGACGGAAAAGUGACACAAGGAAGGACAGAAUAACAGUUUUCAAAUGACAGUUCAAUUGCCAAUUUUUAAAGGUAGGCGGAAUAUUUCAAUGGUGUCGAUUAGACGGCACAAUGCAUCUUGGAAACAUUCGCUCUUGUUCGAUGAUCGAGCUCAGCGAUCGCCAAUGUGCUGGUGUUCAAGCGAGCUGAAUACAACGCAAAACGGGCCGGGUGAAUGUGACAAAAUGAAAGAUCUGCAAAGGAUAGUAAUGAUUGAUCUAUACCACUUUGAGUUAUAGGGAAAACGAACUUUCGCUGGUGAAAAGCCCCAAACUGGCAAGCGAAAUACCUUUCGAUCAACAAUGACUCUAGUUUUCAGGAUUAUACCUCUGGCCUUAGUGAAAGAUUCCAGCUCGUCUCCACUGAUAGCAAUCAGGUUCUGUCUCUUUUUUAAAAAACUGAACAAAUCUAAAGGAGCUGGUCUCGAUGGAAUGUCUAGUCGGCUUAUUCUUGAUUGCGCUGAUUUGAUUGCACCUCAUAUUUCAAUUACAUUUGAUAGUUCUUUAGCUAAUGGUUUUCCCGCCGGUUGGAAGUCUGCGAGGGUUGUUCCUCUAUCAAGCAUGGCGAAAGAAGCGAUAUAGACAAUAAUCGUCUCUAUAACUGGUAAAGUAUUUGAAAGAAUUAUCUAUAAUCAAUUCUUUGCCUAUUUAUCGGAUCAUAAUAGCACUAAUCUGGGCUCUGCAUGCUUCAUUCAACAGUUACAUCCUUAUAGAGUACUAAAGUGUGACGUCAUAAAAAUGAAAUUUCUGAAAUUAUGGGAUUUGUCAGGAUAUUCUGAAAGAACAAUGUCCAAGAGGCCUACUUGCAAAAACUUGCCAAAAAUGAGCAUUUCGGGGCAAAUUGUCUCUGAGAUAGUAGCCCAGUUAUACUUAGAAAACUCCAAACAAACCCUUCUAAAUUUUUUUGGGUCGACCCAAUGUUUAUUUUGCAACAAAACAAUAAAUGCUAAUAACAAAACGCGAAGAAGUAACAAAGCAAGGUUUCUGUAAACUACUCUGAAGAAAACUCCGUCCUCGGGGAAGUCUCUUAUUAGAAUUUAUUCACUUAAGUGGGUGGGGUGGGGGUGAGCGCUUAUUUGAGUUUGAUUGGGAGGAGGAGGGGGUGGAUGCUUAUUAACUUUUUCGCCCUUUAGGAUGGGCGCUUAUUCGAGGUGGGCGCUCAUUCGAGGUUGGGUGCUUAUUCGAAUAAAUACGGUAGGUCAUGUUAAUGCUGUUGUUUUCCUCACAGUCGAUGACCACAUUCUAUUGUCUAAAUUACCUCUCUAUGGUCUAAUAGGUGUUUUCCAUAAAUAAAGAUAUUGUUCUCCUCCUAAUUAGAUAAUUGUACCCAGAAAUGCGUUGUCAAUGCUUCCCUUACAGAAUGUUGCAUCCUCAAGUGUGGUAUUCCCCAGUUAACAAUAUUAGGGCCUUUACUGUUUCUGCUAGUAUAUCAAUGAUUUACCCAAUUGUCCGUCUCACUCUGUGCCAAGAAUGUAUGCUGAUGAUACCCAUCUGACUUAUUCAAAUGGUAAUAUCCCCUCCAUUCAGUCUUCCCUGAAUGAGGACUUGCUCAGCAUAAAUCGCUGGCUUACUGCAAGUAAAUUAACGCUAAAUAUGUGAGUUCAUGUUAAUCGGCUCAAGGCAAAAGCUUAAUAAUCUACCUUCUCUGCCUUCCUUGAAUAUAACUAAUGCUCCAAUCAAGCAUUCUCAUUGCUCUAAGUCUCUUGGCAUGCUUAUUGACAAAAAUCUAACAUGGGAAAACUAUGUUGAUGCUUCAUCUAAAAAAAUUGCAUCUGGUAUUCAGGGGUUUCAUUAAGCAUCGGAGAUCGAAGAAUUCUCCAUCUACUAUGCAUAAUUCUCCUGCUAAAUUUCUGACAAUGAAGUAUGGCUAUUUUUUAUUCAGACAAAUCUGAUUUGGAUACGUUAUGUAAAAAGAAAUUAUUCCCAGAAAUGCAUAAUUUUAGCACUUAGCCACUUGCUUUACAUUCCUAAAUAAAUAACUAAUACAUAAAAGACCUUAUUUAAAUGCUAGCAGUUUUAAGCCCAGCAAAACUAACAGUGGAGAUGUAAAAUAUGAGACGGUUUGCUGAAGAGUUGAGAGUUGACUGUAUGCUCGACCCUUUUUUAUUCGCACAUGAAAAAUUAUUAAAUGAGUAAAUGCUAAUGAAACAAAACGUGAAACAAAAUAAAGUACAUGAUGAACAAAUCAUUGUGGGAAAGUUACGACAAGAAAUGUUUAAGCAAUAAGAAUCAAGUACCUUUAUGAAUAAAAAGAACGAUUUCUUUGUGAACUGCUAUGGAAAUAAAUUUGGCGAUUUUUGCCGUAUAAAAACGACAAAGUAUUAAAUUAUUAUGAAGCAAAUGCAAAUUUUGAUUUUUCUAUUUUAACGAUGACUUCUAAAACCGCACAUUAUAAAUAUUAUUGUAACUGCAAAAUCUUUGACUGGCUUUCGGAAACUGUUAAUUUCUAGCUUGAGCACCGCAGUUAUGCAAAACAGGCUUUAAUUUUAUAAAUUAAUUUUAUUUAUUUAUUUAUUUACCUUAACAUUCGUUGUCGUAAAUGCUAUUAUCGUUAAUUUUAUAGUUUGUAAACAUUUUUAGGAUAUUGUAUAUUAUUUUACAGUCUAUUUAACCUGAUUGUUUUUACCGUGUAUAAAUAAAAGUGAUGUUAUGAUGAUGAUGGUGAUGGAUACCGACACAUAUUAGCAUCUGAGAUGAAGCUCUUCUGAUGUACACAGCCCUGACUUUUACAAUUCUCUGACAUGAAAAAUAAGCUUACAUUUUCUAUUGACUCGAAUCUCAUGAGAAUAAGGCCCAUAAGUUGUCUCUUUUUAUUGGAGCAUUCCUGGCACCUUUUGUGGAAUAACAGAAUAUUAAAGCUAUAAGAGUGGCAAUAUUAUUAAAAUAAUGUUGUGUCACCCUGGGGGGAGGGGGUGUGGGAGACUGGGACUGCCAUAUGAUGUGGUGGGGAUGCUUGUCGUCUUGCUUAGGGGUGUAAAUUUCAGAUUAAAUGAACAGUCUACGCUUAUUAAUAAUAAUUGUUACAAACUACAAUAUUAUUAAACGCAAAAAAUUAUUGUCUUUUAACACAGUAGUUUUAUGAUGAUUGUGUUUUAAUAACUGUAUCAUUCGUUAUUUAAAAUACAGUAACCAACAUCGCUCCUGGCAGUGAAACAAUCUUCUGCUGCCAUGGCAACCAACUCAGAGAGACAGAUAUGGGAAACACUUACAGACAGCUUGUUAAUAGAUAUAUUGACCGAGGGAUAUCUACCUGAUGUAUCUGCAGCACACCAAGGUAAAUACCUCUGGUAUUAUUUAAAAAAGACACUCUAUAACCCUUGACUUAUGAAUUUGUACUGGAGGACAAAGUUUUAAGGCUGUUUUUUAAUUAUUGGCAUUGGGAUUGAAAGGAGCUUUGUCAAGCUAUUUGCUAUCUUUUUAGAAAGCUAAACCUUUGUUUCCAGCUAUUGAAUUCCAAAAAUGAUGGUCCAGUUUUGUUAUUUAAGACUAUAAUAAAUUAUUUAGGCAUUGAACCUGUUUCCAGUCAUCUGUUAGAACUGAUGGCAAGGAUCAUGGACAUGAAUUAAAACUUGAAAAAGUUUUGGGCCAACUUUUUCAAAUUUUGAUGCCUUGCCUGUAGAAAGAGAAAAACAAAAAAUAUAAUUAUUUUGUAUUUUGUAUUUUUUUUUGUACUCCAUCCUAUAAUACAUUAGUUGUACAAUAAUACAAUAGUUGUACAAUAUCAAUAAUACAUUAGUUGUACAAUAUCAAUUGGUAUAAAGUUGCUUAAACUAUGUGUACAUAAUAAUAAUAAUAAAAGAAGAAAAUUACAGUGGAGAAGGGCACAUUAUAGUAAAACUAAUCAUGGCCCUUUAACAAGAUUGACUUUAUUCUUUUGUAGUUUUGUUAUUCAUUAAAACACAAAUUAACACGCACUCAUUAAAACACAAAUUAACAUGCACGCAUGCACACACACCUGCCCAGAAGUCAAUAUUGAGCAAGAUAAUAUUUUUUAAGUGCCUUUUUGAACGAUCGUCAUUCACGUCUUUCUUCUUUCCUUUCUUUGACAUAUUCAAAUAAAAGACAACAGGAACUCUUACACAGGAACUCUUACACGAAAAAAAACUAAAGAAUUUAAAGUCUCAAAAAGGCAACAAAUAACGCAAACUACCCAGCUUCAAAAAACGCGGCCAUCAUCAUCACUGACCGCUGACUGCCGACCGUUACAGAAAAAAAAUAUUCUUCAUUACCAACAGUUUGUUGAACAAUUUGUAAUAAAAAAAUUGUAGUGGUUGGGGCCUCCUGAUGAAAUUUGUUUGAUAUCUUUUCCAUAUCUCUAAUGGAACAUUUUUGUGUAUGGGUAAGGGCACCAAGUAAUGACAUACCGUAUUUUCUUGAUUUAACGCCGGUCACCAAUUAAACACUGGCCUCGAAAAAAUGCUGUGUCAGAACUGCUGAUUUUUAAAUAAUGAUGCCUGGGGUGUUCAAUUUGAGCCCUGGCAAGGUUACAAGAACCAGUUACAAGUAAAUAUAAUCUCGUGAACAGCUAUGAAAUACAAAGUAGUGUACAGUAUGUUGUUUUGGUAUUUUAAUAAAAUAAUGUUCUUAAAAGGAAAGAUGUACCACUGUAACAUAACUAGGAUGGAUACUGCACAUCAAAAUGUACAGUACCAUAAUACUGUAACUAUGAGUAAUGUACAUACAGUUGUCAUCCUUGAAGUUCCUGGGGCAGGACAAAGGGUAAAAUCAUCCCACCUGACAAACUGCUCCUGGGUCUCUGAGGAUCAGUAAUAAUAAAUCAACCUGAAAAAGUGACGGAGAAUUGCAUUUCAUUAAUAAACGCCGGACCCUGAUUAAAUUCCCAGCUUAAGAAAACUUGAAGGCUGGGUCAAAACUACCAAUUUUUAAGCAAACGUCAGUAGUGUUUAAUCGAGAGAAUACAGUAAGCACAGAAUUGACCAAUGACAACAAUAUCCUCUUGACGUAUAAGCCCCUUGAAAGUGGACGACUUAAUAAUCAGAAAUGUUUUAGAGUGUUUUGCUUUUUCAGUUAACAGUAAUGAGAAAUAAUAAGACAUUACAUAAUUUUUAUUCUUUGUAGGUCCUUACCUGGAAAUUCUUGAACAACCUAAACAGGUAACAAAAUAGAAAAAUAUAAUAUUAUUUUUCUACAUUUAGUCCAAGUGAGGUUUUGAUGUUAGUUGUUAAUGUGGUUCAAUUUAUUGUAUUUGGUUUGAAUAUUAUUUUAUUUUCCUUUGUUUUCAUACCCGACCAUACCUUUCAAUUUAUACAAUGGAAAUUAAAACUUAUCUGAAGAUUAGACUUGAACCACAGCUUAUGCAUGCCACUUUAAAUGUAAUAUUUUUUUCUUUGUUUUUUUUAGAGAGGCUUUCGUUUCCGGUAUCCUUGCGAGGGCCCAUCUCCUGGAGGCUUACCAGGCCAAUAUUCUGAGAAAGGCAAUAAGUCAUAUCCCUCAGUUCUACUGAGUAACUAUCAUGGCCCUGCCCGUAUUGUUGUGUCAUUAGUAACAGUCACCGAGCCUUACCUGCCACAUGCACACAGUCUAAUUGGAAAGAAUUCCAAUGAUGGGGUGGUGACAGUACCGACUGGCCCAGAGUAUGGAAUGACAGCAAGGUAUUGUAACUUGGACAUUGUAAUUAAGGUUAAGUCAUACCUGCCAGAAAUAUGCCUUUUGGAAAGAGUUUUUUGCAGCGUGCCACACAGAAAUUCCUGUUUCUUUUUAUGGGAGGUCAGAGUUCUCAUUUAUGUUCAGUUUUAUAGAUCUUUCCUCAUUGAUUCCCCCUUUUGAAAAUGUCUCCACAUUGCCAUCCAACUCAGGCCUGUAGCCAGGAUUUUUUACCAGGAGGUGUGAUCUAUCGCAGAGAUGGACCAAACAAUGACAGAGGUGCUAGUUUCUGGGUUGGGGGGAAUUACGUUGCUUGAGACUGCAUUUUGAGCAUUUUGAAUAACUUUGUUAUUUUCAAACUUUUUAUCUUCAAAAGUAACUUUUUUUUAAACAGAGUACCGGUACUUUAUUUUUCAAUUUUUAGAAUGGAAAUGUGGGAUGUUUAAAAGAAAAUUAAAUGGGAGAAAGAAAGUUGUAAAUCCUUAUUAUUUGCUAGGUUUGAUGCAUGAUGUUUGCAUCAUGAUCUUUCAAUAGUGUACCAAGCUCAAGCUUCCUUGGUUGUUUCUUAGAAACAGAUCAACCAAAGACUUCUUUCUUGUCAGUGUAUGUUAGAUAAUGGAUGUGUUCAUUACCUAGUGAAGAGAGCCUCUCUUGUGCCAUGAAUACUACUUUUUGGCCACAGAAAACAACUUAUAUUUUAAACAACCCCCAAAGACAAAAGGGCCUUACAAAAAGGAACAAUGCAUACCACAAUCUCCUUCAAGAGAAAAAAGAUCUGAGAUCCACCCCUUGUAAUUGGAAGGAGUCCACCAGUAGCUCCGUAAGUAGCCUGUGUAGGAUAUGUUUCCGUGCAGUUUCAGGGCAAAGAACGAGGAAUAAGAGUCAAAGACCGAGCGAAAAACCAGCUCUUGUAGGCAACCACCUCCCAGAAGCCAUCACCUAUUCAAAACACCAAAGUUUUCGCGGUCAAAGCCGUACAGUUGAAACCUUUCACAAAUGACCACCUUCUGUAACUGACCGCAACCACUUUUGGGGCUGACUCUCUUCAAUUAUUUUCCUAAUAUUGUUUUUAACCUCCUGUAAGCUAUAUGUUCUUAUCUCUAUGUAUGCUCCACGUACUGUCUUACUUAAAGGAUAUGAAUCUGAACUUUUAAUGACUGCAGGGAACUACACAAUCAUAUAGACCAUCAAGUGGGUGUGUCCAGACAUGACUUCUCAGGAGGGACCACCUGUUGUUCGAUUCUUGUAAAAGAUCACCUAUCAUAAGCAACCACUUAGUUUUUGCAUUUUGGGUCGUCACUUAUCAGAGGUUCAUUUUUAGAAGAUCCUUGACAAUCAAUAGCUUAUUACUGUGGUUAUUUAAUACAUAUGAUUGUUAAUAAUAUAUUUUUUUAUGAUGAUGAUAAUUUUUCAAUUUUAGUUUUCCAAACCUUGGUAUUCAACAUGUAACAAGGAAGAGAGUGUCUAAAGUGCUGAUGGAUCGAUACCUUAAACUUCGGACAACCAUCAAUGCACUAACAGUGGACAGCAAGGGGCUUGAUGCGGAUGCAGCGAUGAGGGAUCAAGGUUUGUUGAGAACUUUGCCCCGUUCACUAGGGUUUCCAGAUCAACGAAAGCUACACUGAGACAAUCAGUAGAGUCGAUUGUAUUUAAUCACUUGGCUCACUUGUAUUCACUCGUUACAGCAGUUGUGCAAGAGCUACUCUCUCAAACAUGGAAAAGAACGCUCGAUUUCAUACUAGUAUACAUUAGAUAUGAUUGGUUGUUGCUAGGCGGUAAUCAGAAAAAGGUCAAUCAAUUCUUGCAGCUAAAGUGUUCAUUGUCUCAUAAAAUCUAGACCUAAUUUAAACAUCCGUGUCACUAUAUUGUCACGUAACAUGAAGUCUCCGACACACUCCCCCAUGCAGCAUUGCAUACAAGGGUGCAUUCAAUACUCAGGAGACUGAAACAUCUAUUUUUACGAUUCCGAAAAUAAUCAAAGGCUAGAUCGAAAACUUCGCUAGUAAUCACUCUGUUCAAGUUCAAAAUUGUUCAAUUUCUUCAUUAUAAGCAAUCUCCUUUAUUCUGGCAGCUGCCGCAGCCGCAGCGGUUCUUCUAGGUCUGAAAAUUGGCGCGUUAUGGUUCAACCGCCGUUCUGUUCCUGCUGGCACUGUGGGUUCGCACUGCAACUCCAACGGGUACAGGUGCUGAACAGGACGCUCUAUAACUCCCUUACUGGUUCUCAGCUGCACUGCACGGAUGUGGCCGUCACGUCCUGGGUAGGUCUGUUGGACAAUAGCUAGUGGCCACUUCCCUCGAUUCUUGCUGUCUGAUCGUACUAGCACAGUGUCGCCAACUCUGACUCGAUAAUUUGCCGUUUUGUGUACCAGGUUGUGGCGCUCUCUCAGGGCGGUUAGGUACUCACGUUGCCAUCGGUUCCACAUGUGGUCUUUGCAGGUCUGCAAAUAUUUAGCUCGUCUGCGCAAAUUCGGGUCUUGAAUUCUCCAGGCCUGUUCCUCAGGAAGCUGGUUGGUUCGUUGGAACAUAAGGCUAGCCGGCGUCAGGAUGGGCAGCUCAACAUCGUCUUCAACGUAACCGAGUGGGCGACGAUUAACCUGAGUCUCUACGUCCAGGAUUACUUCAUUCAAUUCGCUCCAGGACAGUGUAGCUCCCCCUAUGACCUUGUACAUCGCUGUCUUCACAAUUCCGAUCAGGCGUUCAAAUUGGCCGCCCCACCAAGGGGCGCGACUUAGGUUGAAUUUCCACUGUAUGUCAUGGGACUCCAGGAAUCCUUGCAACUGCUCGUCGCUUCGUACUUGCUUCAACCACUUGGCAGCUUUGACAAACGUGCUACCAUUAUCAGAGUAAAUGACAGCCGGACGUCCUCGUCUGGCUAUGAGGCGUUUGAGACAUGGCAGGAACGUACUAGUUUCCAGGUUGGGAACCAGCUCUAGGUGUGCUGCUCUCGACAGACUGCAAGAGAAUAUCACCAGGUAUGCUUUCCCUUCUCGUUUCUGGCUCAGUCUGUAGUAGAUUGGUCCCGCAAGGUCUGUUCCGAUGACUUCAAAGGGAGCCCUGCCAUGGGUACGGUCUGUAGGUAGCGGUCCAGGGGGUGGUACUGUUAAAGGUAAAGCUCUGAAACGUUUACAGCCCCAACACGCGGAUCGCACAGACUUAACUAGCUGUCUCAGAGUUGGGAUCCAGUAUUCUUCACGGAUUGCUGCCAUGGUGAGGGAUACACCUCCAUGUAAGGUCUCGGCGUGCGUACGCUGUACAAGCUUUCUUGUAAAUAGGCUACCAGCUGGCAAGUAGACUGGGUACUGUCCUUGAACUCUGCCAUGGCAUUCGAGCACCCCGUCAGCAUUUGGAACGAGGUUGAGUUCACGCUUGGUCUGUUCAAAGUAAGGCUUUUUCGCGUCUUGGGACUGGACCCUUCUUAUCCACCAAUUCUUUGACUCUUGUAUGUCUUCGCUAGUUAGUGGUCCUUUGCGCGCUCUGUGAGUUGUGAAACGUCGCACCCAAGCUUGGAUGCGUAGUGUUCGACGGAGAUCAUGUCGCUCGAGGAGUUCGUCGAACACGUUUCGUUCUUGUUUAGGUUGUACGUUUGCUAGGCUAAGCACUUCUCUGAUUACUUUCGCCUCUUCUUCAGAAGCUUGAGUUUUUUCUGUAACUGGGUUCUCUGGCCAAUUUUCUGGAUGACGCAGCCAUGAUGGACCAUUCCACCAGAGCUCUGCAUUAGUUACCUGGCCUCCUCGGCUCGCUAAGUCUGCUGGGUUAUCGCUAGUAGGCACGUGUCUCCACUGAAUCUGUGGGUGUUGUUUUAUCUUCUGCACGCGGUUAGCGACGAACUGUCGGUACAGACCAUUUCCUAGUAUCCAGUGGAGGGCGACGGUGCUGUCCAGCCAACCGUAGACCGUGGGCUCAGGUAAGUCUUUCAGCGCGUUUCUCACGUUCACAACUAAAUUGGUAGCCAUAUGGGCGCUGACCAACUCCAACCUUGAUACGGUUAGGUUUCUUUUGGCCAAUCUUGCUUUCGCCACUACAAGGGUUUGUGUGAUUCCAUCUUCUUGGCGUACGACCGAGUACACCGCUGCUCCGACUCCAUGGGUCGAUGCGUCUCCGAAGACAUGUAACUCGAAUGAGAGAACUGGUUGCUGAUGUGGUGCAAUAGGUCUUCGUAUGGUUACUUCGUCUGGGAGUGAAUGUUCCCACUUAAGCCAUCGUACUCUGAGAUUCUCUGGGAUAGGUGCGUCCCAUGCUGCUUUGUAGUCGCACACUUCGCGGUAGAUUUGUUUGCCUUGCAAUGUCACAGGGCUAACCAGGCCGAGAGGGUCAUACACUUUCGAUAGUUUGGCCAAUACUUCGCGUUUUGAUAUUGCGCUACUUGUGUUUACGACGGGAAACUGUACAGCGAUAGUGUCCUCAACCUUGUUCCACUUGACUCCUAAUAGUUUUGAUUCACUUGGCUUGACUUGCAACUGUUGCUUUGCGUACGACUGCUCUUCGGCUUCUGCGGGAGAGUUGGCGCUCUUUUCACGCGUUUUAAGCUGGGUACUUUGUAUUUCUGUUUCUUGUUGGCGGCUAUCUUCUUCAAGCUCUGGACAGUUGGAAUGCCACUUGUGUAGCUUGAAUGUGGCGUCACUCAUGAUCUCUUGCGCUAUCUCUUUUCGCGCUUUAGUUUGCUGCUCGUUUUGACCGCCUGUUAACAAGUCGUCUACGUAGAAACUUCGGCGCAACCGUUCAGCCUCUUCUGGGUAUCUCUGCGCCCAGCUAUCGAAGUGGUAUUCAAGCACACCGCCCAGCAGAAAAGGCGAAGGGCCAAGCCCAAAGAGCAAACGUGUGAACCUGUAAGUCUCCACUUCAGAGGUGCCGUCAGUCUGCCAAUGGAAUCGGAGUGCAUCUCGUUCGCUCUCAUGGAUUCGAAUCUGUAGGAAAGCUUUCUGUAUAUCUCCCGCUAAGACUACUGGGUAGGCUCUCUGUUGGACGAGCACGUCCCAUAGUCUGUUCUGAAGUGGGGGUCCUGAGUAUAAACAGUCGUUCAGGGACGGGGAAUUGGGUGUCGCUCGGGCAGAGGCGUCAUAAACAAUUCUCAUCUUUGUGGUUUCAGCGGACUUGCGAAUUACGCACUUGUGAGGGAUGUAGAACUCCUUUUCUGGCUGGGAAACAGGGGGUGCCUUUUCGAUAACUCUUUCAGUCAGCUGCUCCUGAAUAAUACCAUUGUAUUUGACAGUAAGAUCUUCACGUUGGAGUUUUCUGGUCAGGUUCUUAAGUCGCUUGAGGCUGCCUUCCUUGUUUGAGGGUAGUGGUGAGUGAUUUGCCUUCCACGGCAAGGUAGUCUCGUACCAGCCCUCUUGCGAACGCGUUAGUUGCUCUUUAAAUUCUUCGUACACCAUUGCCUGGUCAUGAUCGGCCACGUCACGUAAUCCCAAGACGUCUAGUUUGCACAAGUCUUCAUAGUCGCUUUGACUUGUUUGGGUAAACAGCAUGAUGUUUUUGUCGAACUCCUUUCCAGGGGACAUAAGGAACCAUCCGAACCUGGUGAGUUCCGCUACGGGGUCAUUUUCUCGUCCGAUUCUCGGUUUCGUUUCAGUUUUGAUUCUGGCAUACUCUCCGCUGCCAAGCACCACGUGGACCGGAAGAGAUGCUUUCGUGUCAUCAUCAAACAAACCCUCUCCGACUUGGUUUGUAGUCAAGGCGACCCCUCUCGUAGGUGUUGGCUGAUUAGUUUCUUGCCUGGGUGCAUCACAAAUGGACGUGUGGUGACGCUUGCGGCAUUGCUGACAGGCCGAUUUGCUGGGACAAUAUGCGGCGCGAUGGUUUCCGGCGGUGCAGUUGAAACACAGACGUUUGUUGAGGAGAAUUUGUCUGCGAUCAAAGACAUCUGUCACUUUUGUACAUUCGACGGCUUUGUGAUCUUCGCCGCAGUACACGCAAGGCCAACAGCGGGGUUUUAAAUUGGAGCCACGACGCGUGUGGUAAAUUCUUGCCUGCUGGCGUAAGUUCUGUUUUGCUGUUUGUUGUUCUGUUUGUUCGCGCUGGUUUGUAUCUGCCGGAUUCCUCCUGGUCCACAAUCGAACUGCCUCUGAAAGUUUCGCAAGGUCCCAGCUUUCCCAGCUUGGGUCGAUCCGGACGAGAUCUCCACGGAUCGCUGGCAAUUUGUCUAAAGUCAUGGAGGCCGCUCCAUUGACCUGUUCCAGUUUGUUUAAUGUCUGUAGAGCUUGCACGCAAUACGUUAGCUUUUCGCUAAAUUCACCAAUUUUCCUCGGGUUUGCGCUUGAAAUUGAGGGAGAUCCAGAAUCUCUUUGAUGUAGGCUUUGACGAUUUCUGACUCCUUUCCGAACCUCUCGUUUAGGAUACUCUUCGCCCGAUUGUAUCCCUCUGCUGUGAAGGGCAACGCCUCUAUUGUUCUUUUUACUUUGAAGUCCAAUAGUUCUCGAAGGUAGGAAAAUUUCGUGAUCGGUGGAACGCUCGUUUUAUCGAUUGUUUCAGUGAACUGUCCCCAAAAUCGUGGCCAGUCUUUGUAGGUACCGUCGAACUUCGUUAUCGUCAGUUUAGGCAGCUUAGCUUGUAUGUCGCUUGGCGUCGUCAUCGCUUCUUGGGGUGUGCCGUAGCUUGGAUUUCUGCCUGCAUCUGUAUCUUCGCUUUGUGGAACUUAAGUUCUUCUUGUUUGACAACUGCUUCUGCUUUCUUUUUCGGUCAUCGACCCAUGUGCGCAUUUUAUCCACUUCGUAAUCUGCCUUUUCCAGUUGUGCGUCAAUCCCGCUAUUCCGCGCCUCGAUGUCGGCAAUCUCUUCCUUCGCUGCUAGUUUUGUCGCCUCCACUUCUAGACGCAUUCGAUUAAUUUCUGUAGUGAGGGACCGUAAGGUGGAAAGAUGUCUCUCGAUCGCUUCUGCCUUCCCUGCUUCUACGAUGGUGUUCGUUUUUCCAAUGCUCAUUUUCAGCUGUGUGACCUUGAUAUCCAGAUUUGCUUGGGUCGCUUCCAUCUUCGCACGGGCAGAAAAUCAGGACUAAUUAUACUUACAACAGUUGUUCUUAUCCUUCUACAGUCCCGUCGGAGGUGCCACUUGUUGAGAACUUGCCCCGUUCACUAGGGUUUCCAGAUCAACGAAAGCUACACUAAGACAAUCAGUAGAGUCGAUUGUAUUUAAUCACUUGGCUCACUUGUAUUCACUCGUUACAGCAGUUGUGCAAGAGCUACUCUCUCAAACAUGGAAAAGAACGCUCGAUUUCAUACUAGUAUACAUUAGAUAUGAUUGGUUGUUGCUAGGCGAUAAUCAGAAAAAGGUCAAUCAAUUCUUGCAGCUAAAGUGUUCAUUGUCUCAUAAAAUCUAGACCUAAUUUAAACAUCCGUGUCACUAUAUUGUCACGUAACAUGAAGUCUCCGACAGGUUUAGCUGAUGGUGAUCUGUCAGAAUUUAAUAAAAAUGUGGCUGAAGCAAUAACAAGUGAGUUACAAAAAUUUAAAAUGAAUAAUUCUAAUGUACAGUUUACUUCAACAGCUGUACCCUUAACAGUCUGCUCAUGUAAAACAAUUUAAUUUAUUACACAAAUAGAAAAUUGAAGAAAAAUGCAAGUUUGUGAUAUUUUUUCACAGUCAUUUUUCAGUUGGCAUACAUACAUUUGUAACACUAGCAUUUGACUUCUAAUCAAAAUGUCCGCUCUACAGACCCGAGCCCUGAAGUUGAAGUUUUGAUGUUUUGUUUUUGGUCUUUUUUUAGUUAAUGUGGGUUUUGACAUCUAAAAUAAAUGUGACAAAUGUAUAUAUUGCUGGUAAAAAUGAAAUCCAUGUGAAAAUUUUUAACAUAGGUAGAUUCUCAUCAAGUUCUUUUGUCUCCUAGGGCCAGGAACCCGUUUCUCGAAAGUCUUGGUAACUUUUUGGGCCCGAAAUCAAAUAUUCAAAUCGAAAUAUAAAGAAUGAGAGCGCGGGUCCUGGCUAGCAGACUACUCCAUUUUGUUUCACUUACUGAUAGUUUUAUCAUGCUAGAUGCAAAACUAUUGAAACCUCGGUCUUUAAUGUAAACGGAGACAGCUUACCAAGCCCGUUAAUUAUCGGGACUUUCGAGAAACGGGCCCCAGGAGUCUUAAAAUGGCUGUAUCUUGUUCAUCUUAAUUAGCCAAUUAACACUAAACAGUUCCUGUCAUUUUUAAAUCAGACAGUCAGUGGGUGCAGGGUAACGGAGUUCUAUUUAUCUGAUUUACAGAGGAGGAGUCGCGCAAAAUCCGGCAGAUGGUUGAGGAGCAGACGACUAACAUGAAUUUGAGUGCUGUGCGACUGUGCUUUCAAGCCUACCUUCCUGAUGAGAGUGGCUGCUUUACUAAAGCAUUGCCACCUUGUAUCUCAGAUCCAGUUUAUGAUUCAAGUACGAUGGUUCUUAAGUGUUGAAUACAAAAAUUAUUGUAAAUCCAAACACUAACAAUGUGCAUAGAUUUUUCAUUUUCUUGUCUUCAUAUUUACAUUAGCAUGUGCAUCGUUCUGGCUCAAAAAUGUUCUGCCCUCCCCCUUCCCCCAGUGUUACGUACAUGUACUUUGUGUAUUUUACCCUCCUAUUCUCACAGCCACCUCUUUACAGCAGCCAUUAUUCACUUUGUCCGCAAGGUUGAAAGGCCAUUAUAGAGGGAUUUGACUGCAGUUGGGGGAAUGCAUUUAUUUGAACAUCAAGUGUAGAUUGUCUCUGGUCUCUGUUGACUGUCUUUCAGAAGCCCCAUCAGCUUCUAAUCUGAAGAUUUGUCGCAUGGAUCCCAACACUGGCUAUGUUACAGGAAAUGAUGAGGUCUACUUACUUUGUGAUAAGGUUCAGAAAGGUAAACUUCAUGCGAUUUUUUAAUUGUGCAUGUGUCUGUGGGGAUCAGAAGCUGAUGUCUAGUUAAACUUUCCGUGUACUCAGUUUUGAAUCCACCAGCGAGAAGGGCAUAGAAAUUAGUCAUUGGAUGAUGGUUUCUGUUAUAGGUAGCAAUUUAACUACCAGAGUUAUAGGUAUAUAUGGAGACAUGAAAUGUGUUUCAACUUUAAUUAAUUUUGAGCUUGUGAAUCUACUAGUGCAUGAAAUCUUGUGGUGUGAAUAAUUAAACAACAGACCACACUUUCUAUGGGCUUACCGCCGUGAUAGCCCACGCAGGAUGUUGGAAGAACACAAGAAAAGCUUUUAUAAAAUAACUUUAAGUUUCCUAUGAGUUUACUGGCACAAUUAACCAAUCAGAAUGCACGUGCUAUCUUAGUUAUUUCAUAAUCACUUAUAUCAUCUUUAAAGUAGUCCAUAUUCUUGCAAAUUUAUUUUUCGAAGGGGUUGAAAUAUUCAACCUGUGUUACUGCUGUAUCUUCCACCAAACCUUUUUUAUAAAAUAUGUAGAACAAAAGUUGGUUGCCUCUUGAGUAGCUCUAGUAGCCUGCAUAGCAGGCAGUUGUUGGUGUGGUUUUUGUUUUUUUGCUCAUAAAGUAGAUACAGCCAUUUAAGCUGUACAGAGUACAAAGAUAGGGUAGCCUGGGGCAAGGGAAAGUCAAGGCAGAAAACUAGGUUCUGCUUUCACGUGACUGUAUAUCUGUAUAUCUAACUUUAUGAACUAGACCUAAAAAUUUGCCAAAAAGCAGCCAGUUUAAAAAAGUUAGUAACAAAGAAUAUCAGAGCUAGUUUAGGAAAGUUGUAGUUAUGGGUUUUAUUCAGGGUCACACUUCUCCACAAUAGACAUUAACAAUUACUAAGGCAAAAACUAUGGAUACUCUUCUCUGUUUUUUAUAUGCGGUACUGUACAAUUAGACAAAAGACAAAUAAGACAAAUAAUAGAUGGCAAACGUACACAAACUUAACAAAAAACAUGCAAACUUAAUUAAGAGCAUACAAACUUAAUAAUAAGCAUGACAAUGUAAUUAAGAACAUUCAGACUAUCUUUACUGAGUAUAUGCAUGCGUAUUAUCAAGUCUGCGUGAUCUUUAUUAAGUUUGCAUGAUUUUUGUCAAGUUUGCACGCGUUUUAUUACGUUUGCAUGCUUAUUAUUAAGUUUGCUUGUGUAUUAUUAAUUUUGCAUGUUUUUUGUUAAGUUUGUGUACGUUUUGCCAUCUAUUAUUUGUGUCUAGUGUCCGUAUCGGCCACCGUAGGUAAAUGCACAGCAGCGAGAACUUUUUUUGGGUGUUGUUCCAUAUGGAAUGAAAAUAGCCUGAUCCAUUGCUAAAGGGUAUGUAUGCUCCAUCCAUCUUUAAUAGCUUUGAACUUGUGAAUCAGUUUUUUUUUUGUUUUAAUUUAUGCCUCUUGCGUUGUAGAUGAUAUUGAAGUUGUGUUUUAUGAGACUGAACCUUACACUGGCAAGAGGUCAUGGGAAGCUCAAGGGAUCUUUACUCCAUCAGAUGUUCAUAGACAGGUGCGGUUUAUAGGCAGUAAUAAUUACUUAAAAUAACCCAUUUGUUUAACCUCAAUGAAUUAAAGAAAUUACGUGACAUCUGUAAUAUGUGAACUGUUGUAGGUUGCCAUCGUGUUCAAGACACCUGCAUACUGGAAUGUUGCGACUGAAAAUCCUGUUAAGGUUCAUCUUGAACUGAGGCGGAAGUCAGAUCAGGAAACCAGUGAUCCUGUGGAGUUUACUUAUCAACCACACGUGUUCGGUAUGUGGCUCUCUUUCUGAGAGACUGUUUGGUUAAAAACAACGAUAGCUGUCGCUACAGUGUUGACAGAAUCAUCGAAAAUUCGUUGUUUAAAUUGUGUGAUAAAUAUUAAAUAUGCAAGUACAUAAUUGUUGUAAAAACAAAGAUGUUGAUUUGAAUCUAUUUUGCAUAAAAAGAAUAUGUGUGUUACAGGUCAAAAGUAAAUUCAAAAUAAUUGUAAACACGUAAGAAGGAUACAAUCUGAAGUAAAGUAGUAAAUGCAUACAAUGGAACUUCGAUAUAACGAACCUCCAUAUAACAAAGUCCUUGGUAUAACAAACGAUUUUUUUAACCCUAGUAAUAGUCAAGUAUAUUAAAAAAGACCUCGAUAUAACGAAACCUCGUUAUAGCAAACAAAUUUUGCCAGUCCCUUGGCCCUUUGUUACAUCGAGCUUCCACUGUAUUUAACAGCUUUUUCUUCGUCAACGUUGUGUCAUACUUUUAACCCUGUAGAUUUCUUUGUUGUUUAAUCAUUAUUUGUAUUUUUUUGAUUGGUGCACUGCUAAAAAAUGAACGUUAUUUUUAAAUGAAGAGUGAAAAAUUUUAAAGAGCCUUGGUCUAGCAAUUUAAUUUGAUUGGUUAAUUCAUAAUUGUGUGUUUGACAUGUUCCACUGAUUUGAUAAUAUCAAUAAUGGAAAUUAGAUAGCCAAGGCUUGCCUGAUAGCAUUUACAGGAAUAACACUAGAAUUAAUUGCAAGAUUUGUUGUUUUAUUGGGAUAUAAAUAUUGCCUUUUGUUCUUAGACAUGGGUAGUGCUGGUGGAGGAGGUUUUGCUGAUUUCGCUGGGUUUGGAUUGUUUCCAACCUCUAACUUAAUGGGAUUACAGGGUCCCAGUAAUCAAGGUGAGUUUAACAGAAGGUACUUGGCUCUUUCAUGUUGCUCUCUUUAGGGUGGCUCGAUACAGUUUUUCAGGGUCAAUACCUCCCAAGUUUGAGCAUAAACUACGUCUCCAUAAACAAAGAUUUGGAAAAAUUGCCACCACAGUUGUAUUAGGUAAAGAUGAAAAUUUGUUAUGAUGAGGGUUGCAAUGACAUCGGAGUUGUCUGGCAACGAAAUGGCGCUAUUAGCUAUUUUACUUGCAGCAGUAUUUCUCGGCACUGUGAACUGUUCUGCCAAAAUCGUUCACGGGAGCUUUUUCGUCCAACAGCCGCCUCGAUGUUCGCGAAGUUUAAGCGAAAUCUGUAAGAGCGUUAACGAGAUGUUUUGGGAUAAAGUUUGUAUGGUUAGAAAUACGAUUAAAAAUGGACAAUCUUGAUGUUCGGUUUUUAUCUAUAGAAAACGAAGCGCUUUUGACACCUCAUAGUAUUUUCAGUCUUUUUAAAAACGUGUGUGAAAGAUCAUGCAAAUAGCUCCAGCCGAUUUCCAGAAAGAAGGAUUUGAUUAGUAUGUAGCCAGGCGCUGUUGUUAGCGGUUUGUAAACAUUUUGGUCUGCUUUAACAAACAAGACGCUAUGGGAGCGUACACUUCGGCGCCUUGGUUGUGGAUUAAUUGUGAAUGCGGAGGAAUAGUAAGAAAUGGUAUUUUUCCAGAUACCCUUCCUUACAUAUACCCCUACUUUUCUCCUUUUGUGUAACAGACGUCUUAACUUCUUCACCGGAAGUCUGCUAGGUUCAUGGCUGUGACCCAAUUCGAUUAUAAUUUCUGUCAUAAAUAAUUGCGCCGGCGUGAUCUCAGUUCCACUUCCUUUAUUUUCAUUACAACAACACUUUCCUUAUGUAUAGUUAUCUCCACACCUUCUCCUGCAGCGUAACUAUAAACUAACGUCAGUACACUCCUUUAGAAAACUUGCUGGAAAUGCACAAUCUCCACACCGAGGAUAAUUCAUGUACAACAUCGCAACAUAAACUAGAAAUACGUAUCUCGCAAUAACCCUAGGGAAACUCGGUUUUUCAGUAGCGCCACUCAAGUUAAGCCCUGUCAGGCGGGGUUAGGAAACUAUUUGGGUAUCCCACUGCGAAUAUCGUCGUGAAGGUCCCUACUUUGCUCUUUGUUUUCUUCCUCUUCUUUUUUGCAUUUUGUGUGUUGUUAUUUUUAAAAUUGUAUUAAGAAACGGUCCAGAUAAGAACGAUAGCAACAACGGCAACGAACAUGUUGGAAUGCAAAAAAGGUGCUAACUUUUCUAUUGUCUGUACUUACUUCUGAUUGGCUUAACAGCAAAAGUUAACAAAACUUCAUAAAGCAGUACAUAUAUUCAUCCUUACUUUCCAACCAUCUUCCAUAAUACAUAGAUUUAGCCAGGGCUAAAAGCGAGGCUCCCAUUAAUAAAUUUAUAAUUUAAAUCAAACAAUAAACUUGUAUUCCACAAUUCAGUUAACUUUAGAGCACAUUCAUGUGACUUUUCAGGGAAAGGCUAAGUGAUUUUAGACAAAAAUAAUUUGCAAACAACCCCAGAGUGAACCAAAUCUUACAUCGAGUUGAUGGCCGCAUAUGUACACCCAAAAACUGGCAAUCGUCUUCGAUCACAUUUUUUAAGAGCCAUAUGGCUCUUGAUCACCGUAGGUUAAUUAGGCCUGGAAAAAAGUUCCGGCCGAAUUUCUUGCGUUCGACAAGUUUACUUUAGAAAAUAUUGCCAACAAAUCUGGGUUCGUGUAAACCAACCUUAUAGCGGAGCUCUGGCGCGCGAAGCACGCCUGCGGAGCACCAUGGGUAAGUAAAUCUACCCAUCCCAGAAAAUUUGGUAGUCACGUGACCGUACACCGCCCGCCCGCUGCCCGUCCGUCCGCACCACAGGCAUACUAAUGUUUACUCUCACACUUCUAGCUACUUUGGGAGCCUAGGAGAAAGCUGAUUGUACAUCAAUGUUGUCAUCAAUUGACAGCUGUCAAAACAGAGUAUCCGCUGAGCAGUAUCACCUGACCGUAUCGCGGGCUCAGGUGUCGACCCAUGAAGGUCGAGUAUUUUUUGAAGUUACCCGCUGACAAUUUACUCGUUUUCAAAUGAUCGCAGGCUCAUGUUUACUUUUUUUAAAAUUCAUAUCAAAUAUGUUUUGUUUAUGUCAGUAUCGCCACGCACUAUUACGAUUUUGAUUUCAAACUUACCUCAAACGCAAAAAAUUCAGCCAGUUUUUUUAAAAUACAGGCGGAGAAUAGCCUGAAUUUCAUCCGAUUACUUCGAGUCGUUAUUACUCCCUCAGUAACGACGUUGUUGAGAGGAGAAAACGACUCGAAGCAAUCUGAUGAAUUUUAGGCUAGGCGGGGAAGACCUUUUCUAACCAUGGUCACGUGUUGGUCACGCUCCACGUCCACUUUUUAUGCUCUGAUUGGUUAAAAUUUGACAGGUGAGUUCAUGCGUAAAAUUUAUGCAGCAUCUUGAAAGUUGUUCACUUUGACAGCUGAAGCUGACAGAGUUUUGAGUCAACUUGUGAUGUUUUUAACUGUCUUUUUCCACUGGAUGUGAAAAAUGAAAUACAGCUGCUAUCAAGAGUGUUCUCUUAUUCAUGGCUGGUUUGUUCAUUGGGUUUUUGUUUGAGAAAUGCGUCGCUUGUCAAAAGCCGAUAAACCGAUUUCGGGUGGCAUCGUUUUUGUUUUUCACCUUGCUGGAUGCGUACGAGAAUUAUAAAGGCUCAAGCGAUCCUUGCCUUACUUGAUAGCUUUCAGGAGCUGGAUCUCGAAAUAUGGUGAGCCUGAGUAAUUAUUGUAUUUAUAUCUAAUUUCAUGACGUCCAGCGGCGCAGUUUAUGAAGCUAGUUUAUGCACGUUUGUAUUAAGAUUUAACUGAGACACUGAUCUGACCUAGUAUGGGGUUUGAUAUAAGCCUUUAGUCGAUAUUAAUUCACCGUAAAUAGAAAGAAAAAACUUUCCGAAGAAUAUUUAGUUAUAAUUUUGGCUGCAGAAAGAAAGCUUUGAGCGAUUUUCCUGUCGUGAGUUCAUCUUUGAAAAAAGCAAACACCGGGAAACCGGCGGCUUAAAACAUAAACUUAAUCUUUAAGCUUACUAGUAAAGACUUGAGGAUUCUUAGAGACACUUAAAUACUCAUUUGUUUUCGUGAAUGAAAAUUGUUGUCUCUGUAAAUGUUCUACCGAAUUAUUGAUUGUUGGUAGUUUCAAAAGUAUAAUUUUCAUCGCUUUGCCGUUUGUUUUCAGGCGUUCAAAAACAUCGCUUGCAGGAGUACUCAAAAUGCCGAGCGUAUCAAACGCUUUUUAAGAUUACACAUCGUUAUAAAGCCAUUAAUAAAAAAUAGACUCCAUAAAUUCUUUAUCACGUUGAAGCGUAACUCUUUUAAAAUUUCCUCGCAAACUUGGCGCUUGUCAAAAGUUAGAACCGGCUGGCCGUAUAGGUGAUUUUGGACAUUUCUUGAAUGGUUUCGCAAAUUAAAAGUCCACGCGUGCGUCGAUGGUCCUGAGUAUUGAAUGAAUGCAAUUUGUCUUGAAAAAUUGUGAAAUACUGCAUUUUGUACGAGGUCUGUAUGAUAAGCGCCUCAUAGUACUCUUUCCCCUCAGAUGUGGUGUAUAAAAAAAAAAUAAUAAAAGAACGGAUUGCACGCACCCAGAUUUAUUGGCAAGAAUUUUUAAACUUGUCGAACGCAAAAAAUUCUGCCUGAUUUGUUUUCCAAGAAUUUGUUUUCCACGCCUUAUCUACUGUAAGCAAGAGCCAUUAUUGCUCUUAAAUGUGACCGAAGACUAUUUUUUGGGUGUACAUAUAAAGCUAUAUCAACUCGAUACAAGAUUUGUUUUACUCCAAAAUCACUUAGCUUUUCCCUCAAAAGUCACAUGAAUGUGCCCUUAAGUUAACUGAUUUGUGGCAUACAAAAUUAUUGUUUGAUUUAAGUUAUAAAUUUAUCAAUGGGAGCUUCGCUUUUAGCUGUGGCUAAAUCUCUAUAUUAUAUCAUUCAUCCAUCACAUCUGAGGUGAAACAGUACUAUGAGGCACUGUUUUUAUCAUACAGACCUCGGACAACAGAAUGCAGUAUUUGACAGUUUUGCAAUACAAAUUGCUAUCAUUCAAUAUUCAGGACGAUCGAAGCACGCGUGGGCUUUAGCUAAACCGUUAAAAAAUUUCCAAAAUCACCUAUACGGCCAGCCGGUUCUGACUUUUGCAGUGCUUGCUGUGGCGAGUGUUUGAAUGAACAUUAACACAGUUAAGCUCCAAUACAAUAAAGAAUUUAUUAUGUUUAUUUUUUAUUUUAAAAUGGUUUAACGCGCAGCAUUUUGAGUACUCUGGGAAGCUUUGUUCACUGAACGAAUGAAAACAAUCGGCACAGCGAUUAAAAUUACAAGAGAGACUACUAAUAAUCAAUAAAAGAAAUAAAAUUCGGUGAAACAUAUACAGAGACGACAAUUUUCAUUCAGGAAGACAAGUAUUAAAGUGUCUCUAAAAAUCCUGAGUCUUCGAGCUUAAAGCUGAAGUUUUUGUUUUAAGCCGGCUUCCCGGUGUUUGCUUUUUUCAAAGACGAACUCGAGGCAAGAAAAUCGCUCAAAGUUUCUUUUACAGCCAGAAUUAUAACUAAAAUUCUUUGGAACGUGUCCCUUCUAUUUGCGGUGAGAAAAUGUCUAAAGGCUUGUUAAAGAUCUGUAAGCUUAUAUAAACCUGAUACUACAGUUUCCCUGUGCUCCGAUCCAAACUAGCUAAAAAGUAUGAUUGAACAUUUUUCGCGAUUCGCGAUCUAGUAAAACGAUUAACUGGUCAGCGGACAGCUUCCAAAUAAAUUUACGUCACCUCGAUGAGUUGACACAUGAGCCCGCGAUAUGGUCAUGGGAUACUGGUCAGUGGCUAUCCUGUUUUGACAGCUGUCAAUUGACCAUAUUGUGAGUGUCAUAUAUAAAAGAUGAGGACUUGCCAAGACACGCCUGAGACACCCCUCCCUUUUGAUAGUCUCCCCUACCCUACCCUUACAAUCUGUAGACGCGUACGUACGUACGCUCGGUCAGUCACGUGACAACCAAACGAAAAGAGGUUGACCAUAUUCCAUGAGUAUGGGGCUCUGUCCCACGCGCGCUUCACGCGCGCGGGAGCCCCGCUAUAACAAAAUCUGGUCUCAGUUUGAAUAACAAAGAAAUCCUAUGUGGGGAACAUGUAAACUUGUAAACUUUUCUUGGCUAUUGUUUUCAACUCUUGUGAUUGGUCAAAAUCUUUUAACACAAAAAAACACCCGAACAAAGUGGAGUGUAAAUGCAUUUUAUUGCGUAAACGGCCUUCAUGUAGGUUUAUACAUUCUCUGUGUAAAAAUGAGAACAUUCCUAUGUGGGGAAAGCACCGUUGCCGCAUAGCAAAAGAAAUUGCUAUCCACCUUACCCGGAUCAUUACUUAAAAAGCAUACUUAGCAUUACUUCGGCCGCUGGAUUUAGAAAAACGAGAAGACGCCCAAAGGCGUUUACGCGGGAUGUGUUGGUGUAAGAAAGAAUUACCGGUAUGUUGAAUGGCAAUGAAAAGUUGAGUAGUGUAUCAACAACAAAUGUGCGCAGGAAAGGCGUAAGAUGAGUUACACACAAGGGUUCCUUUGCUACGUAAAACAAAAGUUACAUCAAUAUUACCACCAUUUAUGUUAAGAGUAUAGGGUAGUUCACUUAAAUUUGCAUUCCCUUUGGUAAUUUCGUCAAAAAAUGCACUCCCACAUUCAACAAUAGCGUGUAAUGUAUCAUACUUCCAGUAACUAAAGGGCUGCAAGGCUGCGCUCUAGGGAAAAUUUCGGGGAACCCUUUGGGCUCCCGAGCAAUUUAACCUAAAAGAUCUAGAUAGCCGCCCAAGUAAAAUUUUCAGGGAGCCUUUCGGUCUCCCAAACAUUUUAGCUGGCGUGCCCGGGCCUCCAAGUUGUUAGCCCUAAUUAAUAAAUCAGUGAGCUGUUAGUUAAUUAUUAGAAAUUAAAAAAAAUUAUUUUCUGAACAAGUCAUGCAGAAUUUUGUUUUGCGUCGCCGACCGUACUUUACGCCUGUCAGAGCAAAAGUGACAAUUUCCGUGGAAAAACUAACUAAUGAACCAUUCUAGUGUCAAGAAAAAAUUGCAAUGUCAUUCUUAGUUUGUUGUUGGUUCUCUCCUUUGCUCCGAGAGGUUUUUCUCCGGGUACUCCUGUUUUCCACUUCCAAAUUCCAAUUCGACCAGGAAUCAGGUAGACGAAGAACCACUAUGUGGAUGUGCUACCUGCAAAUCGUUAUUUAUUUAUUUAUUUAUUUUAUUUAUUUAUUGAAAGCUGUGCAGCUUGUCACGUUAAUAGUCAGGGAUUAUGUUACAUGUGAAUUCACGUGAAACGCCCUUUGAACAUCAACGCGUGCCCGCUGCCCGAUUUAACAACAUUUUCUGAAAGCUUUUUGAUAGACAUGCUACAUAUUGCUACAACCAAGUCGACCUCAAGAGUUUCUUAGCCAGCAGAGCGUUCUUAUUAGGCCGCGAAGCGACCAAGCGAGCUACGACUUCGUAUGUAGUAAAUUCUAGACAUUCUAUCUUUUUGACUGUAACUCAAGAAACCAGUAAGCUCACUUUUCCCUUCUUUGCUGACGCAGCAUCUUUCUUCUGCUUGUGCAAUCCAACCUGACUUGCACGUGAUUCGAAGUUGCAGCCAAUAAAAAUCACACAAUGUUUUCGGGACGGGCUCGGGAUACGGGAAAGUUAAAAAAACAAGGCGAUUUUUGACUCCCAAGAAUACGAAAGGAAUGCGCUCCCGAAUUUAAGACGCUGGCUGACUACGUCAUCCCGCGUAAAAAACAAACACGGAAGUACAGUUAGUCUCCAUCGCAACCGUUUUUGGGCUCGUCACGCAACCGUUGCGUGACGAGCGUAAAAAUGACUGGGAAGGAGAGUUGUUUGGGUGAAAAUUAUUAUAAGCUUACCUCGGGCCGUAGUACAGAACUGAAACUUUGAUCUAUCGGCGGGGAAUUUAACCGGCAAACUAAUAAAUUUGGGUUUUCCACGGUGUAUCACGAAUUCCAAGCUAGCUUUCAGACGGAAAAGACAGGGUUUCGACGAUAAAAAGCCAAACUGAAACGCACUUUCAAGAAACAUAUGGCGCGACAUAUUAAAGCAAACUCGUUUGCGAGUGAGACACACUGAAAAUUGCUCUUGUAUCUCGAUUUUUGCUCAUAUUUUGAAGCUACUAGCUCAAAUUGAUUCAAUGCUUUCUGUAAAAUACGUUUGCAGUCAAUAUGUCUAGCCAGAAUAAUAAAUAAGAACAAGCCGAAAAGUCACUAACUUAUCGCGUACCUCGUGCAUAACUUAUAGCGGAGCUCCUCGCGCGCGCGAAGCGCGCGCAGAGCGGAGCACCACGGGUAAGAAAAUUUGGUAAACUAUCCAUCUGAGAAAAUUUGGUUAUGACGUAGCGUACGCCCGUCCGCCCGCCCGCCCGUCCGCCCGCCCGCCCGUCCGCCCACCCGCCCGUCCGCCCACCCGUACACACGCCUCAUGUAAGCCGAUGUCAAAUGUCUCAAUAGAUCUUGCACAACUCGACUAGCCUCUUAGUUAUGUAACCCAUCCGUAUGAGUACGAUUAGAUUGACAGCUGCCAAAAUUAGGCAUCCGCUGACAAUUAUCACAUGACUAUCUCGCGGGCUCAGAUGAAAGACCAGUCGUUUUGCCCCUACAUAUAAGCUGAUAUAAUAUGUCACUUACCAAUUCAACAUAAAAACAAAACUACGCCGGGCAAGGCUGUCAGUUGACUGACAGGCGUUUAAAGAUAUAUUGGCAAGCCAAAUUAAGGUCAAUUGACAGCUGUCAAAAUGGGACAUGUGCAGACCACUAGCAGAAAACUAAUAACGUGGGCUCAGGUUCGCUCAUGUA